AUAAAAAAUCAUUUUUUUAAUUGUUAAUUUAUUUUUUAUUUUUUUCCUUUUUUGGGUUCUCAUGAGUCAUGAAAGAAAGAAAAAAGCAAAACUUAGGAAAUGGAGAUGAUGAAGAAGAAGAAGCCGAGUUCUCCUCUCUUCAUUGCUUUGUCUUAGUUGAAGUUUGAGUUAAAGACUCCAAGAUUAGAUCUGAAAAGUAGUUUGAAGUUUGAAACUUUCUUUGCGCAUGGCUUCUCUUUCUUUCUUUCUCUGUGUCCUGGUAACUCACUGCUAGAUUUUUAGCAAAUGAAAGCAUGUGCUGUGGACCAGAGCGGCUGAAGCUGACACCGCCUCAGACACCGUCUUUUAUUUCUUUUGACGAAAAUAGACACACCAACAUAGACAUGAAUCACUUGACUGUUGAGACUGAUGAUACUUUUGCGAGCCUGCUUGAGCUUGCUGCUAACAAUGACUUUGAGGGCUUCAAACGGUCCAUUGACUGUGAUCCAUCGGGUAUUGAUGAGAUUGGAUUAUGGUAUGGUAGACAGAAGGGCUCAAAGCUGAUGGUUAAUGAGCAGAGAACCCCUUUAAUGGUUGCUGCUACCUAUGGUAGUAUUGAUAUCAUAAGACUGAUUCUUUCCCAAUCAGAUGCUGAUGUAAAUCGGGCUUGUGGCAAUGAUAAAAGCACUGCCCUUCAUUGUGCUGCCUCAGGUGGGGCUUUAAAUGCAGUUGAUGUUGUGAGACUGCUUUUAGCUGCCGGUGCUGAUCCCAAUUUGGUAGAUGCAAAUGGUCAUUGCCCUGUUGACGUCAUUGUUGUUCCUCCUAAGCUCCAAGAUGUGAGAUUGACUCUUGAAGAACUCCUUGCAACUGAUGGUUCUAUGGUUGAGCGUAAUCUUAGGGUGUCAACUGCUACAUCAAAUUCAAAUUCACCACCUCUUUCACCUUCUUUUGAAAAUGGGUCCCCAACAUUUGCUUCAGAUUCCCCGGUGAAGUCUAAGUUAAAUGAUGCUCCUAUUUCUUAUGCAUCAGAGAAGAAAGAAUAUCCUAUUGACCCAUCUCUCCCAGACAUCAAAAACAGCAUCUAUUCUACUGAUGAAUUCAGGAUGUACUCAUUCAAGGUGCGGCCUUGUUCACGUGCCUAUUCCCAUGAUUGGACAGAGUGCCCAUUUGUUCACCCAGGGGAGAAUGCUCGAAGAAGGGAUCCAAGAAAGUUUCAUUACAGUUGUGUUCCUUGUCCUGAUUUCAGAAAGGGGGCUUGUAGACGUGGGGAUAUGUGUGAAUAUGCCCAUGGUGUUUUUGAGUGUUGGCUUCACCCAGCACAAUAUCGAACCCGACUUUGCAAGGAUGGUACAAAUUGCGCUAGAAGAGUGUGCUUCUUUGCACACACUCCUGAGGAACUCCGACCGCUGUAUGUGUCUACAGGUUCGGCUGUCCCUUCUCCUCGCUCAAGUACCUCUGGUGCUACAGCCAUGGAUUAUGCUACUGCAAUGAGCCUUUUACCUGGCUCUCCUUCAUCGGUGUCUGUCAUGUCUCCUUCACCAUUCACUCCACCGAUGUCUCCAUCUGCUAAUGGCAUGUCACACUCAAAUGUUGCUUGGCCCCAGCCAAAUGUUCCGGCCUUGCAUCUCCCAGGAAGUAACCUUCAAUCCAGUCGCUUGAGAUCUUCUCUGAAUGCUAGAGACAUUCCUGCUGAAGAUUUCAAUAUGCUCCCGGAUUUUGAUGUGCAGCAACAGCAGCUCCUCAAUGAGUUAUCCAGCCUCUCACAACCAUCUCUGAGUUCUAAUUCCUUGAACCGUUCUGGUCGGUUGAAAGUUUUAACCCCAUCAAAUCUUGAUGACCUCUUUUCUGCUGAGAGCUCAUCUCCUCGUUAUUCUGAUCAGGCACUGGCUGCUGCUGUUUUCUCACCAACGCAUAAAUCUGCAGUUCUCAAUCAAUUUCAGCAGCAGCAGAGCAUGUUAUCACCAAUCAACACGAAUUUCUCUCCUAAGAAUGUUGAUCACCCUCUAAUGCAUGGUUCUUUUGGGGUGCCAUCAUCUGGAAGGAUGUCUCCCCGGAAUGUGGAACCUAUAUCUCCAAUGAGUUCUCGAAUGUCCUUGUUAGCUCAACGUGAGAAGCAGCAACAGUUUCGCAGCCUUAGCUCUCGGGAACUUGGCUCCAACUCUGCUGCAGCUGUUGGUUCCCCUGUAAAUUCUUGGUCAAAGUGGGGUUCUUCCAAUGGCAAGCCCGAUUGGGCUGUAACUACAGAUGAAUUGGGUAAGCAUAGGAGAUCGUCUUCAUUUGAGCUUGGAAAUGGUGAAGAACCCGAUUUGUCAUGGGUUCAAUCACUUGUUAAAGAAUCUCCAACUGAAAUGAAAGAAAAGCUAGCAACACCUGCCUCGGGUGUAGCUGCUGCCCCUUCUUCAGGUGAGGGUUCGGAUAUGAACCCCCAAAUUGAAUCAGUUGAUCACGCAGUUUUGGGAGCAUGGCUUGAGCAAAUGCAGCUUGACCAACUUGUGGCUCAGCAAAAUUGAAACCAUUUUUACUGAGCUCUGAGACAGUGAACCAGAAACUUUUUGGUAAAUAAUGUGUUUUUUUGGGUCGAAGUCAAUGGCGGAUGUGCAAGAUUAACAGAAACAGAAACAAGAAAGUGGAAGGAAGAAAGUAGUUUGAGAAAAGGGAAAUUUAUUUUCACCAUUUAUUUUUACAACAGAAGUUAGAAAGAAAGAGAAGGUGAGGAGAAACCUCUGGGUUUUAUUCAAAAGAUUAAGCCCAGGCUAGUUGUUAUUUUUUUUUUUUUUAUCUUUAUCUUAAUAUCUUCAAAUCCAAAUUCCUAUUAUUGUCAAAUUUUUUUCUUCUAAAAAUGAGCAACAUGCUCAUUUACAAUGAAAACUAAAAGCUAUAUGUUUGGUUUAUCCUUCAUUUUGUGCAAUAUUCAUUAUCAUCUUUGGAGAUUAAGAAAGAGAGGGAGGGGGUGAUGCAGUUUCCAGAAGAGAGAGGUUAUUUUGUAUGGUUGGUGCAUUUUUUGGGGAUGACAAAAGGGAAAUUUUGCUUCUUUUGUUGUAGUUUGGAAUCAAUAAUUGUUUGGGGAAGAGAACAAACUAAUGAUCCUCUCAUAAUGAUGUAACAUUAAACUAUAGUUUAUUAUUAUUAUUAUUA